AAAUAAAGUAGAACACCAAACAAAGAUACAUCAAUAAAAAGAGACGUAUAAAAAUGGAGUGUUCGAACAUGAAGCAACAUCAUCAGUACGGUGGAUAUGCAGAGCCAAGAAUCUCGUUUUCCAGCGGGUUUGCAGCUACUAAGAACGACAUGGUCAAGUACAAGGAGGCACCGGUGUCUUCAGAUGAUUUUGAGUUUGGUGUCAACAACUUCUCCAUGAUCACAGCAGAUGAAAUCUUCUUUGAUGGCAUGAUCUUACCUCUCAAAGAAGAAGCCAACACGACGAAGAGAAUGUCAACUUUGAGGGAGGAACUCAGUGAAGAAGACAGUGAUUCACCGAGAAGCAAAUCAAAAGGGUCUAGUGGUUGGUGGAGGGAGAGAUUAGGGUUAGGCUUCGUGAAGUCCAAGAAAGACCACAAGAGAAGUUCUUUUUAUCACCAUUAGAAGCAAAAUUCUAAACUACACAAUGACCUUUUGAUAUUUUUUGUGUUCUGUUUUUGAGUUCUCUUCGUAGGGGCUUAAAGUAUUGCUAAUUUGAUCUGUAAUGUGCUUCUUUUUUUCUGUUUUUUCUCACCUCUUCACUGUUCCUUGCCGUUGUAAAAAUUGUUUGCGGUUGAAGAAUUUAUUUUUCUAUGUGUUUCCAAUGUUAUUCUCUUUUUCUUUGCCAUAAGCUUCAGGAAAAAAAAUUAAUGGCGGCUAUGUCGAAUUUCGUUUCAAAG